AUGUUUGGGGAUGCUUCUUCUAAAGCCCCACUUGGUAUUGUCAUGGAUUUCCCUUUGAGAAUUGGAGAGUGCACAAUCCCAAUUGAUCUAACAGUUCUGGAUAUGGUUGACGAGAAGGAUGUGCCAUUGAUCUUAGGGACACCUUUCCUCACCACUGUUGGUGCCUCCAUUGAUUUCCAUACAAAGAAAGUGAUCUGCACAAUGUCAACAGCAAAGUCUCUUACCCUCUCAAGGCAUCAAGCUCUAAAUAUUGUGGAACCAUUGCCACUAAGUCGCUGA